UGUUUCAGCACCACAGUGCAGUGGACAGCUCCUCGUCAGAGUUUCGAUUAGAAAUUUGGUUUAAGUUACUCUGGAUGACGCUGCGGUUUUCGCUCAAUAGCUCACUCACCAUCUGUCCUGCAUAAAAACACAUAUAUACAAUCCAUUAUCACUACAGUAUUCGUUAAAGGGAAUAGUUUGUUUACCUUUAAGCACUAUAGUGGAAGACGAGUAUCUUAGCGUUUCAGCACCACAGUUCAACGGACAGCUCCCCAUUAGAGGUUUAAUUAGAAAUUUGUAAAAUGUGUAUGUUAUUGUUGAUGGUACUGUAGUUUUAGCUUCAUGUCAUAUGUCUUAACUAAAAUUACUAAAACUGAUAUACAACACAUCAUCACAGUAUUUAUUAAGGGAAUAGAAGAGGAGUGUGCCAAUUUUUCAGCAUCAUAUUUCAGUGGACAGCUCUAUUAAAAUUCAUCUGGUGUUAAAAGGCUUCUCAGGAUUACAAUAGAUCUUCAAACAUCCUUGUUACCACUGGACAGUACCUAUACUUCUGUUGAACAUUGGGGAAAAAACAUCAAUGUUGGCUUUUCUUUUUGAGAACUUUGCCCUGAAGAUACAGAGUGCGCCUGGCUAUUGCAGAGAAAGGUUUGCACUGUGAGGAGUAUGACGUUAGCCUACCACUCAGUGAACACAAUGAGCCUUGGUUCAUGCGGCUGAAUCCCGCUGGCGAGGUGCCGGUCUUAGUGCACAAUGACAACGUCAUCUGUGACCCAACACAGAUCAUGGACUACCUGGAGCAAAACUUCAAUGAUGAAGGCACUCCCAAGCUGAUACCUGAAGAGGGCAGUACGUACUAUCACAGAGUGCAGCACUACAGAGAGCUGUUGGACUCACUACAGAUGGAUGCCUACACCCACGGCUGCAUCCUCCACCCUGAGAUCACAGUGGAUUCCCACAUACCUGCAUAUGCUGCCACAAGCAUACGAACACAAAUAGGAAACACUGAGUCAGAGCUGAAGAAAUUGGCAGAGGAGAACCCGGAGCUGAAAGAUGCUUACAUUGCAAAACAGAGGCGCUUAAAAUCCAAGUUGUUUGACCAUGACAACAUGAAGUACCUGAAGAAGCUUCUGGAUGAAUUGGAGAGUGUGAUGGACCAGGUAGAGACAGAGCUACAGAGGAGGGUGGAGGAAACACCAGAAGAAGGCAGUCAGUCCUGGCUGUGUGGGGAGUUCUUCAGCAUGGCUGACGUAUCACUGGCUGUCACCUUACACCGCCUCAAGUUCCUUGGCCUCUCCCGCCGCUACUGGGGCAACGGUAACCGUGUCAACCUGGAAACAUACUACGAGCGAGUGGUGCAGCGCCCGGCCUUCAGGAGGGUUCUGGGCCAUGUCAACAACAUCCUGAUCUCAGCUGUGCUUCCUGUGGCGUUUCGUGUGGCCAGGAAGAAUGCACCGGUUAUUUUUGGUACCACUCUGUUGAUAGGCAUUUUGGGGGGAGCGACUUACCUCGCGUUUCUUUACAUGAAGAAGAGGCUGAUUGUCUUCAGCUGAGGAAGCUGAGAAGUCGUUCAAGUGGUUUAGAACAGAAUUGUGAGUGUGGGAGGUAGUCAUGGAUCAAAAAUAAGAGAAAUAUUGCCUUCAUCACAGCACAUUUCAAUUGUCUAAAAUUAAAAUACAUGGGAGAAUUUGAUCAUUCAUUAGAAAUCAUUAAUAUGUAAUUGAAACAAUACUUAAUUUGCUAAGCAAUGUGCUAUCUAUGUUCUCUGUGUUGCUGGUUGCACAAAUUGCACUUUAAGUCAUCCUCACUAUGUGACAUCUGCAUUACACACCAAAGGAUUGACUUGAAAGGACCAUAUGGAAGUUUUUACAUGAUUUUCCCAUUUUUUACAAUUCAAAAAUACCAUAUUUGGUUUGUUGUUAGAGCGCUAUAAGUUAAGAGCCAGCUUUCAAACAACAUUGUUCUGGCUAUCUUCAAGCUGGGAAGUUUGUCUUUACAAUCCCAUAAAUAGCACAUGAAUGCACCAUUCCUCUCUGACAAAGCUGAAAAUACAUGUCCAAGAAUCUACUGUAUUAUAUAACUUUGACACAAACAUAAACAAGUACUAGUAGAUUUUCAUACUGCACUUAUAUUAAUGGAAAACAAUCGCUGACUAGGAGAAGGAAGCAACAUAUUUAUUAAUUAAUGAAAAUGAAAAUACUACAAGGUAAACCUGAUUUAUAGUAAAUGGGCUAAAAUGUGCAAAAAUACCAGUAUAGUCUUUAAAUACAUAUUUAUGUGUGCUUAAAUCACCAUAUUAAGAGCCUAAUAGCCUAUGUUUUGCAUAAUGUGUGCUUUUUCCUUUGUUGUUUCAUUGUUGUCAAUAUUUGCAUGUAAGGAAAUUAAAAACAAGUGUGCUAGAA